AGUUUCUUUGUGUUUCUACUCAUUUAACUCCUUCUUAUCCUUUUCGACACAAAUCACUCGUAACCGAUUAGCAACGAUGUCUAACCCUAGAGUUUUCUUUGAUGUCUCUAUCGGCGGUAAGCCUGAGGGUCGUAUUGUCUUUGAACUGUUCCGAGAUAUUGUUCCCAAGACUGCCGAAAACUUCCGUGCCCUUUGUACAGGCGAAAAAGGUGAAGGCAAGAGUGGCAAGCCUUUGUCGUAUAAGGGCUGUACUUUCCAUCGUAUUAUCAAGAACUUCAUGGUUCAAGGCGGUGAUUUUACUGCAGGCAAUGGUACAGGUGGUGAAUCCAUUUAUGGUGAAAAGUUCGAGGAUGAAAAUUUUGAAUUAAAGCACGAUAAGCCAUUCUUAUUGUCAAUGGCUAACGCUGGUCCCAAUACCAACGGAUCUCAAUUUUUCAUCACCACCGUUCCUACACCUCACUUGGACAACAAGCACGUUGUUUUCGGUAAGGUGUUAAAGGGUAAGGGUGUUGUUCGUACUCUUGAGUUCCUAGAAACCCAGCAAGACAAGCCUUUGCAAGAGGCUGUCAUCACCAACUGUGGUGAGUUAGCGGAAGGUGAAGAUGAUGGCAUACCUGUUGCUGAAGACGGUGAUAACUAUGAAGAAUUUGCUGACGACCACGAAGGCCCUAAGGAACUACCCGACCUUGUCCGAAUCGCUUCUCAACUCAAGGAUAUCGGCAACAAUUAUUUUAAAAAGGGCGCUUAUGAGCAAGCUUCUAGAAAAUACCUCAAGGCUAUUCGUUAUCUGAAUUUCAAGCCUGCCUUCGAUGAAGAAGAUCCCGAAGACCUUCGUGUCCAAUAUGCUUCUAUCAAGCUUUCUUCCUAUCUUAACCGUGCUAUGUGUGAUCUCAAGCUAAAUGACAAUGCUGACUGUAUUAACCUUACUUCGUUGGUGUUAGAAUACGAUGCCAAAUAUGUGAAGGAUACGGAUCGUACCAAGGCCUAUUUCCGUCGUGGUUUGGCCAAGCUUCAUUCUAAAGAUUUAGAAGGCGCUGUUGAAGAUCUCACCAAAGCUCAAGAAUUCAACUCUGCUGAUGCAGCCAUCAAGAAAGAGUUAGCCAAUGCUAAGGCGAAGUUGGCAGCGAAGAGACAAAAGGAAAAGAAUGCAUUCGCCAAAAUGUUUGCUUAAAAUUGUGCACAACAAUCAUCCAAUUUUGUCAAAACGUUUACUGAUAUUGUACCACUCCUAUAUUUUGAUUUCUAUACAUACAUUGACCAUAAGUAACCUUUCAAGUUCGUAGUCGUGUUUUCACACUGCAAUCCAUCCAUCAUUUACUCAUCAUCAUACAAAAUAAACCAUUGCU